CGAACCUUCCUUCCCUGUCAACGCCAUCCUCCAUCGAUUCCCCAUAUAAACUUCCCUCACUCGCCCAAAGCCUAUCUAUCUUCGUCCCCAAACAGACAAGAAAACAGAGAAGAAGCCUUAAGACAUGGAUGUGGUGGUGCCCGUCCAAGAGCUCCAAUUCGAAAGCGCGACAACUACGCCGUACAUGAGCGCGCCGUCAAGCCCAAAACACUUCGGCCUAGAUCCCCUGGAAUUAUACUACCCCUACGCAGGCCUCCCCGCCAGCCCCACUGACGACGACUUCGCCUUCGAUUUCAGCGGUCAGCUCGACAGCAACGCCCAGCCGCCGCCGUUAACGUCCGCCGACGAAUUAUUCGAGCAAGGCAAAAUCCGCCCCCUUAGACCCCCUCCUCGUCUUUGCGGCUCUCCUCAUGACCCCUUCACCGCCACCAUAAAACGAGGAAGAAACGGCACUCCCGUCUCUGUUUCUCCCACCAUAUCUCCUUCCCGCAGCCUGAAGGGAUCGAGAUCUUUAUCUCCUCUGAAGACCGGAAAAGGAAGGACUCAUCACAUCCAAACCCCCAUCUCCUCUCAAAAUCCUCCGACAGCAACCAUCUCAUGCUCAUGCACGCGCGGCGGAGGAGAGGGAAGCUGGAAGUGGCGCAUAAAGGACUUUCUCCUUUUCCGCAGCGCGUCGGAGGGGCGCGCCACCGGAGACCGGAGCAAGGAUUUUCUUCAAAAGUUUACAGCUUUACCUUCCUCCUCAUCUUUCCAGCCAAACUUAAAGAAAGAAGGCGGUAGAGAUGUGUCGAGAAGCUCGAGUUUCCGGUCUGUGGAUAGCAAUGGGUCGGUGCGGCAAGGGAGCGCGAGGCGUGAUGUGUCGCCGCACGCGAGGCAUUAUACGGCCAACAAAGCGGCGGCGGAGGAGAUGAAGAAGAAAACAGCGCUGCCGUAUCGGCAGAGCUUCUUUAGCUGCCUUCGCUUCUCUCCAGCUCUUCAUAAUCUUACCAGCAGGGGCUGGUGAUCACCAUUUCUGCGACCUUGCACGACCCUGAUCUUGAAAAAGGAAAUUUUCAGUCCGAAUGAUCCUGAGGUGAAAAAAACAACAAAAGGAGGAAUUUUUUUGACAUUAAAUUUGAAUUUUUGGAUUGCUGCAAAUUUAAAGAGGCGCCUGAUGAUUGUCUUCUGUAUUCUGUUUGACAUAUCCGGGAAGGUGAAGACUGUGUUUGUAUAUGAUUCAUCAAGUUUUUGAUUGUUAUUUUAACUUUGUGUUUGAAGUUGUAAGACGUGGCGGGGCAGAAUGUUCUGUUUUCUUGUUUUAUUGCUUCCUGACUGCAAAUUACAUCUAGUUUGUUGCUGAUUGUAAAGUUUCUGAGAAAGUGUUUCUUCUAAAAAU